AUGUCGGUCCUUUUCACCAGCAUUUCCGAGAGCAACCCCGUUAAACCGGGCGACGCGGAAACCCUCCUAAAGCCACUCGGUCUAUCCAUCGAUCCAGCUGAAGCGCAAGACUUCCACACCUUGCUUGCAGCCGUCCACGACUGCGCCGAAGGGGUAGCCGCCUUACCAGACUACCAACCAGUCCCCGACCAGACCAAGUAUCCCCGCGAAAAUGUCCGUCGGCCAGGCGUCGACGAGCAAGCUUUUGGACAAGCCUGGGCACACCGGUUUCUGAUUCGGGGUAAUGCCCAGGGCGGCCCACUGGCAGGCAAAUCUGUCAGUUUGAAAGAUGUAAUUGCGGUCGCAGGUGUGCCGCAGCUCCUGGGAAGCGAUAUCAUUCCCUCCUGGACUCCGAAGACGGACGCUACGGUUGUGACUCGGCUUUUGGAGGCUGGUGCGGAUAUCGUGGGAACUUCAACGUGUGAGAACCUUUGCCACUCGACUUCUUCGUAUACGAGUGCCCAGGGCACGGUCGAGAACCCCCAUGCGGUGGGAUACUCGGCUGGUGGGAGUACCUCUGGAGGGGCUGCGCUGGUCGCGGCUGGAAUGGUUGAUAUUACUAUUGGAGGUGACCAGGGCGGCAGUAUUCGAGUCCCGGCUUCACUAUGCGGAUGCGUUGGACUGAAGCCCACACACGGGCGGGUCCCCUUCACUGGAAUUGCCAGUGGAGACGCAAUGAAUGAUCACGCAGGACCACUUACUCGAACAACACUGGAAGCUGCCACAUGUCUAGACAUCAUCAGUGGUUAUGAUGGAAUCGACGAUAAGGCUCUCGGUAGCUCGAAGCCAGGCUCUACCAGCUUUGGACUCGCACUCCAGAAGAAUCCAGACAACCUAGACGGACUCAAGGUCGGCAUCUUGGUGGAAGGCUUCCAGCACAGUGCUGUGGACCCCGCUGUCAGGGGAACUGUAUUGGCUGCCGUGCAGAAGUUCAAAGAUCUGGGCGCAACCAUUGAAGAAGUCUCACUUCCCGACCACCUACAGGGGCCAGCGAUCUGGACGAUCCAACAACGUAUCGCUGGAGCGCAGACAUUGCUCGGCCAGAACACCGGGCGAAGAGGUCUUUACAUGACUGAAAUGGAAGGCGCACGUCUCCCGUGGACUGAUGAUGGCUUCCAGCGCGCCUUCCCGUCGACAAAGAACGUCAUCAUCAACGGCCUUUAUCUCAUGAAGCAGUUCCCUGAUCUCUAUGGAAAGACCGCCAACUUUGGCCGCUACUUGUCAGAUAAGUACCAAGAACUUUUUGAAAAGUACGAUGUAUUGGUGAUGCCUACAACCCCGGUUGUUGCGCCUCGUCAUGGCAAGCGGGAACUGCCCCUGGACUCGCUCAAGCCCAGUAUGGGUCUGACGAUUAACACUGCUAUCUUUAAUGUGACGGGUCAUCCGGCACUGUCUAUUCCCGUUGGGUUCGCGCCGGCUAAGGAUGAUAAUGAGGUUAUGCUUCCGGUAGGAAUGCAGAUUGUCGGCGGAUUGUGGCAAGAGGAGAAAGUGUUGCGGGCUGGUCAUGUGUGGGAGAGUCAUUACGAUUGGAGGAAGAUGCAGUACUCUACGGAUAAGAACUAG